AUGGUCUCGGCUACGCACCCGGAACCUACGCCAGUGCUAAGGAAGAGGUGCGAAAUUACAACACUGCAAUUCACAAAGAACUUCAACUGCGGGUCAGAUUCCCAAGAACUGACGGGGACGCUCACUCUGCAUCAAAUCUACGAGACCAAAGACAUCUCUUUCAAGCUGGACAAGACUCUGUUCAAGAAGCAGGUUGUCGAAGGUGAGGGCUAUGAAGUGCCCAAGGACGGCAGCCGCGUGCAACUCCGUGUUGAAGCAGCCGUAGACCAAGCCAAGACAGCCAUACCAUCUUUCCAACCGCAGGUGUUAGAGUUCGUGGCUGGCGACGGCGAGGUUGCGGAUGCUUUAGAGCUCUGCGUUGCGGAAAUGAAGAAGGGCGAGAAG